AUGAACUAAUUAUAUGAAUUGAUAUAGACUAUUAAAAAUUCAGGAUCAAGAGGAUAAGAACUAAUGAAAGACUCAUUUGUGAUUGGAUAUCAAUUUGGGAUAAAAAAAAUAAAAACUUAAGACUAAUUACAAAAAUUUGUAAAAUAACUUAAUGAUUUGAAAAUAAAAAUAGAUUAAGAUGAAAAUUCCCCAACAAGAGAUAAAUUUCUCUUUGAAAGUAUAGACAAUUUUUCAAUACCUCAAAAAAAAGAGUAAAAUGAAUAGAAAAAAAAGAAAAAUACUGAAUAAAAAUAACCAGGAAAAGGUAAAUAGAAAAACCUUCUUAAAACAACUCCUAAUAAUUUAGAAAAUGAUAAGAAAGAUUCUAUUGAUUUUCAAUAAUCCACUUAAGAAGAAUAGCAAAUUGAAAAACAAUAGAAUUAAUAGAAUAUCAAAAAAUCUUGUGCCUAACAAUGUUAAAAGUCUUAGGAGGGUGUCUAAACAAGACAUUAGGCAGCUCAAUCUAAGGCUGAUUAGUAGAAAAAUGAAUGAAUGAUAUUUUAUAUAAAAGAAAU